ACCAUGUUGACCUCCACGUAUUCCUUGAAAUCUGCCCCUUUUCAAGAGUUGGCCAGAAAAACAUUUAUUAAAAGAAAUGCUCACAAUGGUGCCAAUAAUGAACUCUCUGGAAGGAAGAAAACCAAAGUGGCCAAAACAAACUAUUUUGGUAUUGAGGUGUUGGAGUAUUUGGAAUGGUUGGACUGGGAACUGGGAAUUGAAUCCACCAAACACAUUGUACUAAAGAAUGUUCAGUUCAAAACUCAAAAACUCAAGUACAGGUCUCCAUCAACUAAAUUCUUCACCACGCUAUUCCCACAGCCAGUGGUCUUGAGUCCAGGGACUUCAUACUCUUUGCCAGUCACUUUCUGUGCGGUUGAGAAGCAAGACUAUGAGGACCGGAUUGUGUUCGAGACCAAAGGUGGCUCAUUUUCUAUCUUCCUGCGAGCGUCACUGCCCUACUACGAUAUACAUUUACCUGAUUUGGUGUGCCUGCCGAUCUGUGCCAUCUUUGAAAGUUCGGAGGCCACAUUUCACUUGCGAAACUAUAGUAAGCUCCUGACACCGUUCCAAUUGGAAGUACAAAAUCCAUUCCAUUUAAUCCCGAACAGCGGUAUAUUAACAUCCUAUGGUGAUUGCAAGAUCAAGAUCGUGUUCCAGCCCCAAACCCCCCAUGCCUAUGACAUAAUUGCAACUUGCAAAUUUGGUGAAAACGACCGUAAAAAAUUUAUGAAGCUGCAAGGUAUAGCCAAGUUCCCUCACCUCCUGCUUAGCCUGCCGGGAGAAUUGAACCAAACGUGUUCACGGGAGGACAUACAGAACUCCCUACAUUUUGGGCACAUUGCUGUUGGCACCACGGCUGAGAAGUACAUGGAGCUUCACAACUACUCAAUAGUGAACACGUCAUUCCAGGUGAUGCACCACCAGCAAGAAGCCACGGUUCUAUCCGAAUUCUUGUGUGAAGUCCAGGAGGGCCCUGUCUUGUCCUGCAGCAGACUCCAGAUCCCUUUCAAGUUCACGCCUCAGACUAUCGGCGCCAUGAGCGUCGAUUACUUCCACAUAAUGCGGCCUGGAAACAACUCCAAGACUGUGCUGAAGGUGACCGGCUCCUGCAAAGGUCCUGUGGUGUCGCUCUCAGAGCUGAAGAUUAAUUUUGGUUGUUUGUUCCUCGGCGCUACGCUGACUUACUCCAUGGAAAUCGCUAACACCUCAGAUGUGCCAACAUAUUACCAGUUUGACAUUGACUGCAGCCAAAGUGUGUUUGUCAUUGACCGACGGUGGGGCUCCAUAGGAGGGGAGUCGACGGUGAAAUUAAAGGUGACAUUCCGACCCACCCACCCCAUGAACUACUACAGAAGAGUCGCUUGUCUCAUCCAUCAUCAGGAUCCUCUGUUUCUGGAUUUAUUCGGUACCUGCCACUCGGACCAGGUGACGCCAGCCAUUCUCAAGGCAAAACACCUGGAGGUGUACCACACCAACAUGAUACGUGGACUGACCUUCUACCCACCCGACAUACUGACCAUGAUGCUGCAGGAAGGCAAGCUACAGCUGGAUGUCGAAGGUGCUCUGGUCCUGGUUGCUGAGAAAUGCUGUAAGCCCAUAGAAAAACUGGAUAAAGCUGAGGAUUGUUUGGAGGCUGCAGCCUCGUUUCCCAAUGUCCCUUCCAUCAACGAGUACUUCGACGAUGGCGUCCAAAGCAACCUGACCAUGUUCCCGCCUCACGUGUCCGUCAACAUGAGGGAGUUUAACUUCGGGAACUGCCUGGAGCUCGACCGAGUGGUGCCCCUGCCCCUCUCCAUGACGAACCACACCAGAGGGAAGAUCACGGUCCUCUGGGUGACCCUACCCGGCAACGUCUUCACCGUGAAGCCUUCGACCAUUGAUAUCCCACCCUUGAAGAAUAUGGCUUUCCGCCUCCAUUUUGCACCUGAUAAGUUCAACAUGUUGUACGCAGCUGAACUGGAAUGCUUUGCCUAUUAUAAGGUCAUGCGCGAUCAUCGCUCGGUGAAGGACAUCUUUUCUCCCCCGUGGUUCCUCAGUGUACACGUGCAAGCAACUACCAUACAGCCAGGGCAUGAGACCUUCCAUCCCACUUUCACACUUGACUCUUCUGAACUGAUUUUUCCAGCAGUGAAUGAGAAAGGUUCUGCCUACAAGACCCUUCUGCUCAAGAAUACGGGGGAUACACCCAUAACGUUUGCCCUAAAUUCACCGCAAGAAGAGAUCAUUAGAAUUAAACCGAGCUUUGGUUUUAUACUUCCCAAGGCCCAUCAAAUAUUCACAGUGAAAGCUUCUCCCCAGAGUGACGUCCUUACCAAGUACACACUGCCGUUACAUCUAAAUGCCUCAGAGAAGUACAACCAGGACCUCAGGUUAUUUUGCAUGGUUGAAAAGCCGCUCGUGACUCUGGAUGGAAAUGGGUAUCUGUACUUUAAGCCCACGUGCAUAGGCACCCUGUCGGAGCGGUCCUACUUCAUCACUAACGUCACGCGGAUGCCACUGUACUUUCAGUGGAAGAUAUCAAUGGCUGGCUCCAAGAUUCUGACCGUCAAACCAACCUUUGGCAUCAUCCAGGCCAAUGAAUCUUUGGCACAAUCGUGGGCUUUCUUCCCGCAAGAACAACAGAAGUAUUUUCUGAAGCCUCACAUUUAUGUGUGGGGAGUGAAAGGCCCACACUGUACGGAGCAAGGGAAGAAAAUCCGUUUCACCCUCAGGGUUAUUGGUGAAGGAACAGUGGGCAAAAUUAUGGCCGAGAAAGAACACAUGCACCUGGGGGACAUCCUGAUCGGCAAUACACAGUCCGGCGACCUGAUACUGCAGAACAACGAGCCGUGCUCUUUAAACUUUGCCCUGGUCGUCAAGCAGGAUAUCACAGGACUCUGUGACCCCGAUGUUGUCGUCAAUGAUCCGAUGGCUUUUGAAUUGGAGUACGAUCACGGCACGAUUCCUGCGAGGUCAAAACUUUUGUUUGGCUUUGUCGCCCGGCCUGUUCGAAGAGUUCGUUACACAUGGACAAUUACCUCCAAGAUUCUGUCAACUAAAGUGUUGGACGAUGUUGGACUGAAGGAGGACAAGCCCUUGUGUUGUGUGACUGCGGAUGGUGUGUAUCCGAUGGUAUUCAUCUCGGACGCUCGCUGCCUGGGGAGCAUAAGUGGCAUCAGCAAGCAGCAACUCUGGAGACUCUUCUCACUCGACCUGCUCAACGAGUACCUCCAACGUGAUCCCACCGACGGCGAGCUGAUGUACCGGGUGCCAACCAGACACAGCACGAGCCGAUGCCCGCCUGUGUCAACCCCAGUCAUGGUGGACUUCAACUUUGGAGCAGCACCUGUGUGUUCAGAUCCUUCCAUAGUCCUACUGAUGCUGGAGAACAAGGAGAUCUUGCCUGUUGACUGGGCCUUCCUAUUCCCAGUGGACCAGCAGCUGGACCUGGAGUACUGGGCAGAGACGGGUGAAUUUAACCCCACCGAGCUGCACGAGAUGAGGAUAGAGGAUAAUCGGCUGUUCACCGUGGAGCCAAAAUCCGGACGCCUCCUUCCCGGGCAGAGAGAAACCAUUCAGCUCAAUUACAGACAUGAAUUUACAGGAACCGAUCGCAUUCCCGUUCUUCUGAAGUUGUCCCAUGGUCGUGAAAUCCUGUUGAACUUCAUUGGUAUCACCGUGCCCAAGGACCACUGCUACGUUCACUUUCUUGCCACCCAGCACGUGUUUGCUCCUGUUUGCAUCGACACUGCCAACCCACCCAAACAGAUUUACGAGUUGUACAAUGGCGGCUCAGUGCGAGUCAUUUAUGACAUCCAGAUGGAUGCCGUGAAGAACGUUCAGGAAGUGAAUUACAACCAUCCAAUCUUUCAGUGUCUGAAUCCCCGUGGGGAGAUCAAGUCCGGGAUGACCGGUUACAUUGAGUGGAUCUUCUCACCACUGGAGGCUAAAUCCUACACGGUGAAUACCGCGAUCCACAUCCUUAAUGGAGACUCUGCCCUGGUGACCAUCACAGGUAUUGGGUAUGACAAGCGCAUCCUGGGCACCUGUGCCUCUUUCAAUGAUCCAUCGUCUUAUGCCGGAGCCCCAGCCAUACAACGAGCUCCUGUCCUUGGGCAGCUGAUGUUUAUGUCCGAAGAGCGGAUUUCUUUUGGAAAUAUUCCUGUCUUCACGAAGAGUAGCCGCAUUAUCUUUCUGUACAAUGUUUCCGAGACAGAAGUCAUCUCUUACACCUGGCAUUCCACUUCUGUGCACGUCAGUGAGGCAUUGACAAUUGUUCCUAUCUGUGGAGUGCUUCAUCCUGGAGACUCCGCACAUUGCAUUGUCACACUGAGGACGCAUAAAAUUCCCUGCUUCUACGACCUGGAUCUCAUUUGUGAGGUUUAUUCGAAGCGACAGCUGACAGAAUACCAGAAGGAACUGGUGGAAUGGGAGAGAGAAAAGGAUCGACAACAAGUUGAAUUCACCAUCACGGAACAGAGCUUGCAGCAGAACCAAAGCUCGACUUUCCAAAGACAGUGUUGCAGGGACGUUCCUGGAGCCUGCGCUCAGAAGGCACACGUGGAUGCGAACACCAAGAUCUUGAAGUACAAGACCCUGCCUCCGAUCAAGGAGAUCGCGGAGACAUGGGAAGGCCGGAACGUGGAGAAGCUCCCACCCGGAUUGUGGAAGAAGCCGAAGCCACCGCGGGCCUUCUUGCUGCACCUGGGGGUCACGGCCAGAGCUCACUCCAUGGAGGAGUAUCACAAGAACUUCACGUCCGACGUCUCCAGGCACUACAUCAUGAGAAACCUUAUUUCAGCGCCGCUCUCAGCCAUUUCGCCUUUUGGAAGCGGUAGCAGGUCUUGGGGCAAGUGGACCAAUACCUGCCCGGACCCCCUGAUUUUUGCCUCUAAAGACGACAGGAGACUUACGACCGACAUCCUCUCCACGGUUCUGAGGUGCCUGUUGGAAGACGUUUCCUUUCAACAGGUGCUGGCUGCACAGUCGACCGAACCCAUUCCGUACUUUGUGCAGUUCUGGAGCGAGGAAGGCGAGGAGCUGGCUGUAAAGAACGCCAAGUUAGCCGAGGCGGAGACCGAGGCUUUGAGCAUGCUCUCCGUCGGUGAACAAGGGCAGGACUAUAUCCAGUUGGCAGCGUCUGAGGAAGGGUCGAUCUUGUCUGAUCCGGCGAGCUCAGACGCCAAGCAGGCCACGGUUGCGGAGAGCAUUGACAUGGAUGAAACGUUACUCACGGAAGAGGGGCAGGAGUCUCUGAAUGCAAUUCGUAUCGAAGAGCAGCUCGCUCGGCGGCAACACCUGAAAAGACUCCCCGAGAUCAGCGACCUCUUGGAGCUGAUUCUGGAGAACACCCUGCAGAAUAUAGUGAUUGAAGCCAGUCGGGGGGAGGUGGUGUUGACAGCUCGGCCACGGGUGAUCGCCUUGCCACCAUUGACUUCCAGGAGCAGUCUGGAGCCUUUGAGUACACAUGAGAUUACGAUGGUUAGGGAGGAAUUGGACCGUGCCCCUUCCGAGAGUGGACCUAAAGAUGGGGUAAAGGAGACUGGCACUGCGAAUCUUCCAGUACCUCUGAGCACUGCCUAAAGCAGUGAACGUUGAGCCAAGAGCAUGCCUGAGGUGCGGAGGCCAGGACAACUUGCACCUUUGAAAUUGCGAUCGCAGUCUCACAGCGGGAUCCCGAGCAGGCGAUGGCUAAAGCCCACUAUCUUCGUCAAAGGCCUUUCGGCCUUGAGUAUUCUCAGCGGCCGAAACAUCUGAAUCUCGCGGUAACUUUUCCCCAGCGGAGGUGAACAAGCAAGAAAGCACCACUCUGGGACUUUGAACUGGAGCAAAUCCAAAACAGAGGAGUAUAAGACUCGACGGGGUCAAUCCGGGAUUUAAAAAAUAUAUAUUGUAUCAGAUUAAAUUUAUGUUUUAUUUUUUAGUAUUGUUAGUAAAAAUGUUCAUACUGUUUAAAAUUUAUACAAUGGAAAGAUUAACUGUUGCAUGAGAUGUUUUAGGCUAAGUGGUACUCAAUGUAAAGGAUGAAUUUAAUAACUAAAUUUUGUUUAGUUUUCCAAUUUUUGUUAUUAAAGAGAGUUCGCAAACAGUGCCUUUUCAUUGUAUAAAUAAAAUAAUUAAAGGUGUUAAUACA